AUGAUCUGUCAUCAUAUUGUUACUGAUUUCAGUGAACGUCGAGCAAUUAAAAUAACACGACCUUGUUGCUUUUGUUUGAUGGGUACUGUUUUUGGUGUUAUUCUUCUCGCAACACUAGCAACUAUUAUUGGCUUAGUUGCAACACAGGCAGCAAAAACAGGAGUAACAACAACACAAACAACAACGACAACUACAUCGGCGACAACAUCAACAGCCACGACAGCCACAACCACGACAACUGCUGAAUAUGUAGAUCCUGCUUUCUGGUCCUUUGAUAGCAAUGCACUUGAGUUGUAUAAUACUGGUCUUAAUGGUAUUCUUUCGGGUAGCCCAACCUAUACUACGAGUUUUGCUGGAUACGGAAACGCUAUUAGUCUUACUCAAUCCUCUAACCAAUAUGUUUAUAUCAUGCCAACAGUACUUCCACUAAACUCACGUAGUUUUACAAUCGAAGCAUGGAUUUAUCCUAUUGGUUUUUCAAGCAGUAGUGACUAUGGAAUAUUUGGUCAGUGUCAAACAUUAAGUAACGAUUCAUGCUUAUAUUUCCUAGUUCGAACUAACAAAUUAUUAUGUGGAUUCUAUAAUGAUGAUAUACCUGGUAGCACCACGUUUAAUAUGAGUACGUGGUAUCAUGUAGCUUGUACCUACGACGCGACUACGAUGGCGCAACAAGUUUGGUUUGAUGGUUAUCUCGAUGGUUCACGCUCAGCUAAUCCAUAUCAAGGUCUUUGGGGAAACACGACUAUCGGUGCAACUUUUCAAUCAGGCAGUGCAUCUCCUUUCAACGGUUACAUAGAUAAUGUACGAUUUCAGGCAAGCGCUAAAAACUCCAGUGAAAUUUUAAACGAUGCAACGUUGCAUGCUUACUAUUCAUUUGAUGGAGGCUCUCUUAUUGACAAUGGUCCCAACGGUAUCAAUGGAACAGCCUACGGAAAUCUAUCCAGUACAACUGGUCGAAUUAAUGAAGCUGUGCAAUUUAGUUCGGGAGCAUAUAUGUCCUAUUCAUAUAAUCCAUAUUACUUUUUGGGCAUUACUGGUCAUGCAUUCACUAUGGCUUUGUGGGCAAAGCCGACAAAAAACAAUACAGCAGAAACCCUUAUAUUUGUAGGAUCACAUUUAACUGCAUGGUGUAUAUAUUUUUUGGCGAUGCGGUCGACUGGACAGAUAACUGCCAACUGUUGGAAUGGUGCUGGUGUAACCACAAAUGGUCCCAUCGUACCUAUGAACAUGUGGACGCAUAUAGGUUACACUUAUAGCAUAACCAACGGUCUUCGAUUAUAUAUUAAUGGUAGUCGAUACUCACAGACAAGUGCUUUCACGUUUGUUGCUUCUGGUGUUCCGAUGAGCAUUGUGUUGGGUGGAAAUAGAGUUGUUCAAAAAUAUGUGUGA